AACCAAGCAAACACUCCCAUAGUACCUUGUGUGAUGGGCUUAUUGUCAGACUAAUAUUGUAUUUUUACAUUAUGACUGUCAGCUAAGGCUUCUGAUGAGAACCUUCUGAACCUUCAGCUUUAUUUUUAAUGUCACUAAUGUUUUAACAUACUGGAUUGUGCAUUGUGCCAGACUAUAAGGUCCAGAAUGAUUGCCAAACCCAACUGUUCCUCAACAAAUACCUAUGUAUCAAGAUGUGUCCAAGACCUGCUUUGCAACACCAGUGUUGUGUUGAACCUUAGUGAGGUGGAGAUGGAUGAGUUUUGCCUCCACCAAGACGAGUAUCUGGAGAAAUAUCUGGGGCCCAGACGUUCCCCGGUGUUUCUGCCUGUGUGUAUCACCUACCUGCUCAUCUUCUUGGUGGGAGCGUUGGGGAACAUUCUUACGUGCAUCGUUAUUGCUCGCAACAAGGUCAUGAGGACGCCCACCAACUUCUACCUGUUCAGUUUGGCGGUGUCGGACCUGCUGGUGCUUCUUCUGGGAAUGCCUUUGGAGCUCUACGAAAUGUGGAGCAACUAUCCGUUCCUUUUUGGCAAAGGUGGCUGCUACUUCAAGACCUUCCUCUUUGAGACUGUAUGCUUCGCCUCCAUCUUGAAUGUAACAGCACUGAGUGUGGAGCGCUACAUUGCUGUAGUCCAUCCACUAAGGGUCAAAUACGUAGUGACACGCACUCACGCCAAGCGGGUGAUCUUGAGCGUGUGGAGCGUUUCUGUAUUAUGUGCCAUUCCCAACACCAGCCUCCAUGGUAUCUUCACCCUCCCUGUUCCCAAAGGGAAAGGCGUAGGUGCCUUGUCCACGUCUGCCACCUGCAUGCUGGUCAAGCCACGCUGGAUGUACAACCUGAUCAUCCAAAUCACAACUCUGCUGUUUUUCCUCCUGCCCAUGUUGACCAUCAGCGUGCUGUAUUUGCUCAUCGGCAUGCAGCUAAAACGGGAAAAGAUGUUGCAUGUCCUGGAGGCAAAUGCCAGUGUGGGACAAGACAGCUCCUCUAAUGUGCGCAGUCAGCAGCAGAAAACCCGUCGCCAGCAGGUCACUAAAAUGUUGUUUGUACUAGUGGUCAUGUUUGGCAUCUGUUGGGCUCCGUUCCACACCGAUCGACUCAUGUGGAGUUUCCUGGACCAGAAGAGCAGCGAGCACAUGAAGAUUUUCCAGGUUUAUGAAUACGUCCAUGUCAUCUCGGGGGUCUUCUUCUAUCUGAGCUCAGCCAUUAAUCCGAUUCUCUACAACCUCAUGUCCACCCGCUUCAGGGAGAUGUUUAAAGAGGUGAUGUGUCACCACAAAUGGCAUCCUGUCCCAAGGAAACGCUCGCUGAGCAUGACGAGGGUUACUGUGCGCAGCACCUUGAGUGAAGUCCCACCCUGCAAUGGCACAGUAACUACAGAAGGAGAAGAUUGUGAUAUGGAUGACUGCCAGGAAAAUAAGACCAACCUUUCCUAAGAAAGUAGCAGUUGCAGCAUGCUUCAGAAACCCUCCACCUCCCCAGCUCCACCUGUAUAGAUCUGCUAUUAGGUGAUUUCAUGCGUGUCGUAUAUGGGGGUUAUUUCAUGUAUAUUAAAUGUACAGAUGAAUACCUGUAUUUCUAGAUCUAUUAUGCAAAAUGUAUGAAUAUUAAUUUGACAUUUUGCUGUGCAACUGCAUGACCUAAAAUAUUAUAUUUGACAUUAGAUACAGGCUUACAGAAAGAGGAAUAAGACAGAUGGCUAAUUCACACGAAAUGCUUUGGGCAUAUACUAUGAACCAUGUGCUAAUGUCAUAUGGAAAAUGUCAAUGCAAACCAUAGAUCCUUUAGUAAUUUCACAUGAAAACAUUUGUAACUUUAUUUAAAUAGGUUUUGUGAGUCAAAACUGUCAAACGUGGCCUUGUUUACUUGCUUAAAGUACAUUGCUGUUCUUUUUGUCCAUGAUUUAUCAAUCCACAUUAUUGCUGAGAAUGAAAAUGUUUGCUUUGUAAUCAUAUAGAGACGACUUACAUGAUCCAAAUCAGUGAAUAAAAAGAAUUAUAUUCAGCAAUUACAUACAUUUCCAUGGAACGUUCAUAGACAACAAACCAGAAAAAAAGCUUUUAUUUUGUGAUGAAAUGUUUUAUAUUUAAAUUCUUAUGUCCAAAAGUGUAUUAUAUUUCUGACUGUGAAACUAAACUGAAAUAUACUGCUAUCUCUUCUUCUGAAAAGCUUUGUAAAUUAAAAGGAUUGGUCUGCA